AUGGAAUGCGGAAAUCAGUCGGAAACCUUGCCGCAUGUGCUCUGUCAUUGUGGCCCCCAUGCGGCCACUCGGCAAUUGCGGCACAACCGCAUUGUCGAGCGGCUUGCUGCGGCCUCCAGGCUCCCGGGCGAUCUAAGGGUGAAUAGGACAGUCCCAGGCGUGGACGAAGAUCUCGCGGCCAUGCGUCCCGACCUCGUGGUGACGCAUGAACCGUCGAGAACCGUCGUCAUGAUCGAUGUGACCGUGCCCUUCGAAAACACUUUCGAAGCGCUGGAGAAGGCGAGGUUGGAAAAGAUACGCAAGUACCAGCCCCUCGCCGACUCCAUGCGCGGGCGCGGCUACAUCGUUUAUGUCGACGGCUUCGUUGUAGGCGCCCUGGGAGGCUGGCACCCUUUGAACGAUCGCCUGCUGGCCCUGCUGCGCGUCUCGUCAGGCUACGCUGGCCUGAUGAGGCGGCUGAUCGUCUCGGAGACGAUCGCGUGGUCCCGUGACAUGUACGUCGAGCAUGUCACGGGAAUCCGCCAAUAUCAAGCGGAGGGAGCGGGGGUGCCCCCCUCAGGGGCCCUCACGGCUCUAAAGGUGCCGACCACGGGUCCGAGUGGAUGCAAUGACGUGAACGGUGUUGCGAACACCGACGAAACAGGAUAA